AUGGAGAUCAUUCCUAAAGUAGAAAUACGUUUACCAACCUUUUCCACGCUACAAGUUCCAGAGGAGCUGGUUUCCAUGUGGUUUGGCUCGCUAACAUUUGGUACGGAUACAACAACACCAAGAAAUAUCAAACAGAUUCUUCCAACACCGGGGAUUAUCUCCACGGUAGCAACACAAUACACCUCGAAUCUUUAUAAAGUAGUAGGCUACAGUGAAAAACAAAUCUGGACAAAUGGAGAUAACUGCUCCGUAAAAGUAUUUCAGUCUGAUCAGAGAACAAUUUUUAAGUCAUUCAAAACAUUGUCCGGGCAUCGUCAAGAAAGCAUAGCAAUUCCAAAACAGAAAACUGGAUACCGCACGGAGUCUGCAGUUCCUCCUCUGGACAUUUUCUUAUAUAUCACUGAGAACAGGAAUCUGGAUAUCUGCAUAUCAGACCAUGGGGCCGGAGCAGUAGUGGUGGUCAAUCAGGCCGGGGAACUGAGAUUUAGAUACACUGGACAUACUCCUGCUCUAAAGAACAAACCAUUUGAUCCACGAGGAAUUACCACCGACAGUCAGAGUCACAUCCUUAUAGAUGACAUCAAAAAUCAUUGUGUUCACGUAAUCGACCACAACGGAGAAUUUCUCCGUUAUGUAGUAUGCGGCCUGAGUUUUCCGUGGGGUCUGUGUACUGAAGAAAAUGACUUGCUACUUGUUGCUCAAUACAGAAAUAGAAAAAUUGAUAUUAUCAGUUAA